UCCUCUUCCGGUGUCGGGAGUACUAACUGAAGUUUGAAGUUUGUUUAAACACAAGGUCAAAUUUAACAGUGAGGCGAAUGUAAAGCGUGGCUAAUAUUGUAAUUGAUAUAAAAUAAGUAACAUAAAGUGCUGGGAUAUUUAAGCGGUAUGGGCGACUCGGGCCUGGAUUAUAAUAUUGUGUUUCCCGAGCCUUACGCCUCAGAAAAAUACUGGUUUGGAAGAAAAGAACCUGUUGUGAUUCUUUUGGGUUGGGCUGGAUGUAAAGACAAACAUCUUGCAAAGUACAGUUCUUUAUAUAAUAAACAGGGGUGUAUAGCCAUUAGGUACACUGCCCCAUCAAAGGCUGUGUUCUUAUAUGAGCCCUUUGGUAGCAAGCAACUGCUCACCAUAGCUGGAAAGCUCCUGGAUCUACUUCUAGAUUAUGAGGUACAAGAAAAUCCCUUACUCUUCCAUGUGUUCAGCAAUGGUGGUUUUAUGCUAUAUCGUUACAUAGCUCAGCUUCUUCAUAGUGAUCCACAGUUCCAAAAUUUAAAAGUUGUAGGCACAGUUGUGGACAGUGCACCUGGAAAUCAGAACGUGGUGGGUUCUGUUCGGGCCCUCAAUGCCACUUUAGGCACAAAUACUCACCUUGUUAUAAGGUAUUUGGCAUUGGCUAUAUUCACCUGCAUGGUCUUCCUGUUACGAGUGUUGCUGUAUUCGAUAACCAAACACAUCCACGAGAAUCACUUUGAUGCCAUGCUAAAGGAACCUUCUAACUGGCCACAUCUUUACCUGUAUUCCAAAGCUGACCGAGUGAUUGAUCACAGGGAUGUGGAGAGAAUGGUGAAGGCACGACAACAGCAGGGAUUUCCUAUAAAAAGUGUGGACUUUGUCACAUCUGAGCAUGUCAGUCACCUCCGAAUGUUUCCUGAACUGUAUUCCAAACAUUGUAUUGCUUUCUUGGAUAGCUGCAUGCUAAGCUCAGCUGGAGCACGCAUAAAGGUUUUUUCUGCUGCUCACAAAUAAAAGUAUCCCUGAAACUGUAUAUAUUUUGAACUUUUUUUUUUUUUUGCAAUUUAAAGCAUAAUGAUUAAAAAUUGAUGGCAUAUACUGUGUAUUCUAAUAGAUUAUCCUAUGAAGGCAGUUGUGUUGUAAAUGCACUGGAAUGUUUUUUAAUGUAAUACUAAUUAUUAGUAAUAUUUUAAAUCUUUUUUUAUGAGAUGAAUUAAAAAAGUAAAUGAAGUUUUAGCUAUAAUGCAAUUGAAUUAACUUUAUUCUUCAAGUGUUUUUCGCACAUGACAGGCUCAUAAUGCUUACACAGAGGUUAGUUUUGGUUCCUGCAACUGUAAUCAUCUAGGAUUUGAAGCAUGUAGUAAAUAAGUGAGUCCAUGAUAAACCCUCAAGAAAUAUAGGAAAAAUUAAAAUCAGAAAUUUUGUAUUUUCUUAUGGGUCAUGGAGUGCUUCACACUACUGUCUUUCAGCUCUGGAGUCCUGGGUUUGAAUUCCUGCUAAGGUAUAGUCUGUGUGACAUUUGAGUCUGUUUCUGGGUGGGUUUUUAAUUGGUACUUUUUCUCCCACAUAAUAUUUGCCUAUUAAUUGAUGUCUCUAAGAAAUUGACUUUAUGAAGUGUCAUUAGUGUGGUGGUGGGCUUGAAUGUUGAGACAUCUACAGCUUGCAUCUGUCUUGCACCUUAUGCUGCAGGUAUAGACUUCAGCCCAUGUCAUACUGUUGUGGAUAAAUUCAGUUUGCUAAUAGAUGGAUGGAGUGUUAAAAAACAAAAAAGAAGUGGAACUGCAAUAAUCUGCUUCUUGAAAUCAGUUGUAUGAUGUCAGUGGAAAUGUACAUCUCUGAUCAAUCAAUUCUCCAUGUUUGCACAUAGAUCAAUAGCAAAGGUAUGUAAAGUUCAUAGUGUGCAAAAAAAGGCACUGUUGAAUAAAAUUUAAAUUUUAACUUUA